AUGGAGAUAUGCUCUGUUCUAUUUCAGUUGUUUAUGUUCUCAUUUUAGGGAAAGUCACGGAAUUUCACAGGUAUUUGCCCUUCAACAUGGAAUCCCUUAGUUUAUCUGGAUUACAAUAACUUUUGGAGAACCAUGGACAAGAUGGGAAAAGAGAUUCCUGUUGAAGCACCAUGGGAUGCUCCACAUGCUGAAGAAUGGGACAAAAUGACCAUGAAAGAGCUGAUAAAUAAGAUUUGCUGGACCAAAGCUGUUAAAGAUUUUGCCACUCUCUUUGUGAACGUCAACGUCACGUCUGAGCCUCAUGAAGUCUCUGCUCUCUGGUUCCUGUGGUAUGUGAGGCAGUGUGGGGGCACAUCCAGGAUUUUCUCCAUCACCAAUGGGGGUCAGGAGAGGAAGUUUAAAGGGGGUUCUGGUCAGAUAUCGGAGAAAAUAAUGGAACGCCUCAAAGGCAAAGUUAAACUGGAGAGACCUGUGAUCAGUAUCGAUCAGACAGGUGAUAAUGUCAUUGUGGAGACUCUAAACCAUGAGAUAUAUGAGGGCAAGUAUGUGAUCAGUGCCAUCCCUCCCAUCCUGACAACGAAGAUUCAUUACAAACCAGAGCUGCCACCAAAGAGAAACCAGUUAAUUCAGCGUAUGCCCAUGGGGAGUGUCAUCAAAUGCAUGAUGUACUACAGAGAAGCCUUCUGGGCAAGGAAAGGUUAUUGUGGUUCCUUUAUCAUUGAGGAUGAAGAAUCUCCAAUUGGAAUAACCAUAGAUGACACAAAACCUGAUGGUUCCUUCCCUGCCAUUAUGGGUUUCAUCCUUACCAGAAAGGCUGUUAAACUGGCCCAUCUCAGUAAGGAAGAGAGGAAGAAGAAGAUCUGUGAGGCAUAUGCCAAAGCAUUGGGGAUGAAAGAGGCUUUACAACCUGUGCAUUAUGAAGAAAAGAACUGGAGCACAGAGCAAUAUUCAGGGGGUUGUUACACAGCCUACUUCCCACCAGGCAUAAUGUAUUCCUAUGGAAGGAUCAUUCGCCAGCCUGUUGACAGAAUCUACUUUGCUGGCACGGAGACAGCUACCCAGUGGAGUGGAUACAUGGAGGGGGCUGUGCAGGCAGGAGAGAGAGCAGCCAGAGAGAUAUUGCACAGGAUGGGGAAGAUCUCAGAGAAUGAAAUUUGGAUGCCAGAGCCAGAGUCGAAGGAUGUCCCAGCCCAACCAUUCCCCACCACCUUCUGGGAGAGGAACCUGCCCUCUGCACCAGGACUGCUGUGCCUGCUUAGCUGUACCAUGUGUCUCACCUCUGUGGCUGCUGUGGGGCUGUUUGCCUGCAAAAAGGGACUGCUAGUUCGAAACUAG